CGCAACUCGCGAGAAACAGGUGUAUUUUAAGAUAUAGUAGAGUGUGUUUUGAAGUGACAUUAUCGUGCCAUUAUACAACAACAUUAGAGCGAUACGAAUAAAAUAAGUUCUUAAAAUUGUUAGUUUUUGCUCUGAGUUGUUGACUAUUGACUAAGCAUCUUGAUAACAGCUACCUGUGUAAAUAAAAUCGUUGUUCUUUAUCGAAAACAAAUUCUACAGAAAGCUGAUAAGCCGCUGACUUGUGAUGCAUUUAUAUGUCAAGUUAUUAUAUUUUACACAAAGUGACUUUGAAUCAGUAUAGUUUGAAGAUUCAAUUAGAAGCGUAAAGUUCAAUUGACCUAUACUGACACCGUAAACAGAAACAACGAUGGCUUUAAAAUUCUGUGCAAAUUUAAAUUUUCUUUUCACUGAAAAUGCAGCGCCGAUUUUAGACCGCUUUCGGUUAGCAAAAUUAGCGGGUUUUCGUGCUGUGGAAAAUAGUUUUCCACUUGAUGUUAGUGUUGACGAUGCCGUACGCGUACAGAAAGAAACCGGACUGGAAGUAGUGUUGUUGAACAUUUGUACAGGUUCCUUACAAGGUGGCGAAGUGGGAUGCACGUCUUUUCCAGAUAAAGAGAAGGAUUUCAAAGCUAAUCUGCUACGUACAAUCGAAUUUGCAAAAGCAUUGAAUUGCAAAAAAAUUCAUUUAUUGGCUGGAAAAUUGCAACAGCCCCCAACGAAAGACAAUCACAUAACGUACCUGAAAAAUCUGAAAUAUGCAGCUAGUGUGUUAUCAGCUGAAAAUAUAACCGGAAUUAUUGAACCAAUUUCGAAGUACGGAGUGCCUGGAUACUAUCUGAACAGCUACGAUGACGCUGUAGAGAUACUGGAAAAGGUCAACAGUGCAAACAUAAAACUAAUGGUUGAUCUAUACCAUCUGCAACAUAUAAAAGGUAACAUUACCCACACAAUUCAAGACCUAAUGCCAUUGAUUGGACAUAUUCAGAUAGCCCAAGUUCCUGGCCGAAAUGAACCAAACACUUCUGGUGAAAUAAAUUAUGAAUUCAUUUUCAAAGUGAUCAAAGAGGCUGGCUAUAGUGAUUGGAUUGGCCUUGAAUAUAAGCCGAUUAGUGGCACAAAUCAAGGUUUAAAUUGGAUUAAAGAAUAUGGAUUUUCAUUGUGAUAACCAAAAAUUUAAAAAAUGAGACCCAUAAAGUAUAUACCGAGUGUAA